AUUGUAUUCAUAUUUGAAAUAUCCAGGUUCCUUAUGUCUUCAAACGUUACUAUGCAGUUUCGUGAUAUACCUUUGCUUAAUACCUAGGUAGAAUACGACCCGAUUGAACUCGUUCCUAGUCUCUAAUACAUACGAAACCAAAUCUGUAGUGAGAAAUAGAUAUAAUUCGGAGAACCUCUGCCCACUACGACCAGUGAGUAACUAGUGAGGAAAACCCCAAUCCGGAAUCAAGUGUUGUGCCUGUGCGAGUGUCUGCUCACUGACGUGCACACACACAUACACACUGAGGCGGCUAGUGUCAGUCAGGAUACUAACCAUGUCACCAGGAGUAGCUCAAACCUUGGAUUUGACGAGACAAUUAUGGGUUGCGGCAGUGCUGGUAUUCGUCUUCUGUAUAAUGUCUCCGUUCGCUAGCGUAGUAGAAGCAGCUUGUAACGUAGGAAAAGCAGAAACAUGCGCACUAGACCUGCAGGCUUUAAGUGAUGAAGUGUUCUCAUCAAAUAUCAUUACGGCUAAAACCGAGGAACUAUGUAGAGUAUCACUGUUGAACAGCAGUCACAUACAAUGUUACAAUACCAACAUGGACCAAUGUGGAGAAAACCAGUUCCAAUAUGUCAGACUGCAGUAUCAGGAAACACAGACAGACGUGGACAAUAUCUGUACUGGAGUUUGUCCCGAUUACCAAGGACUUUCCUGUCUGCACGAAUAUGAUUGAAAGAAACAUUAUUCUACAAAAUACAAAAGAGUAUGAGAAUUUCUGCAGCACAUUCAACGAGAGUCUAAAGUGCGCAAAUUCAGUGCUGGAUAGCUGUCAGUUUGAGCAGCAAUUCUACCUGUCACUCCUAGAACCGGAAAUAGUGUUGGCAUGGCAACAGUUCUGUAAAACGGGUUGUUCUACAUUGGACUUAACCGUUGCUGCAAUAGAAGCCUGCCUCAUUCACAUUGAGGAUAUGUCCGAUACUUCAAGGCACUGCGAGUCGCAUUGGAGGUUAAAGUCUUGUCUACAGACGCACUCAUUUUGUCCCGAGUUUAUGCAGCUCCUCAAAAUCUUCAGGUCAUCCUAUAGCUAUGAAACGUUGGAUAUACAAUGCACUACCACUACUACAACCACAACUACUACAACCACAACACCGCCACCUACCACAACUACGACGACACCGACAACUACCACUACACCUACUACGACACCAACAACAACAACCACACCUACUACGACACCAACAACAACAACCACACCUACUACGACACCAACAACCACACCGACAACUACUACACAAGCAUUGCCCCCAAUAGACAUAGAAACCUGUGGUGCUGAUAGUUUAUGGAAACUUUCCUCGAUGGAUGAUCACAAUUUUGAACCUGAGGUCCUUGCAGACGCAAUAACGGCCGCUACUUGUCUAUGCCACACCGUGUCGGAGAUGUGUAAAUUAUUUCGUGUGAUGCACAACAUGCCUAAACCAUUACACCUAUUUUGUAAUUCCGCGGCCGCACGGACAUGUGCGCGUUCAGGACCGACUACGGCAGGGUUGGACCAAACGUUACUCCUGAUGAAGAGUGAGUGCAGUAGGGACGUGGCCAAGAUUGAAGAAAAAUCGGAUUGUACGGGUCACAAUUACGGCAUCAUACCGUGCAACGCAGGAAACACAAACAGGGCGUUUUCAUUGGUCAUCCUGACUUUCCUGUUUAUAAUACAUACGAGUUUAUGAGUGUGUAGUGAACAAGAUAUAUACGUAUUGCAUUCCACGAAAGGAUCCGGGAAGUUGAACCGAUACCAAUGUGUGACGCUGUAUGGAUCUAAUAUUAGUGAGCGGAAAUCGGCCGGACUCAUCUCUACUCCGCGGUCAGUCUUCGUCACUAAAUUCGUUAAAAGGGACACAGGAAGAGUGCAAUGGAGGGACUAAUAGAAUCUUCUUUCACUCCUUUAGGGUGAUAUGGGGAUCUCAACCCGAGGGGAGUGGAUAGUAGGGGUAUCAUAAAGUUAACAAAUACGAUGUUUGCAGAAGAUGCUUUUCUUACCAUUUUUGUAUAUUAACUAAAAUUAAUCAUUUUAAUAUUCGUUACGUUUGUCAGAAUGUACAUUGUCUUACAAUGUCUCUUUGAUAUUCUAGGUCGAUUGUACUGAGAGUAGAUGAUACCUUAUUGGUUAGAUAGAGACUUUUUAGUAUUAAUUGAGAUAUACUGUUUAUUGCAAAGUUAUUUUUAAUGUAACAGUGUUUUGGUAUCAGCAUGCUGUAAUGGGUUAAAAUGUUAACACCACAAUCAGAAUCAUGAAUCUGUUGAUAUGAUACUAUGUUUUCUAGAUAUGUAUUCUGACUGGAAUACAUAUGUGUAUUAUAUUGACAACAAUAUUGUUUAUAGAGAUAAACGCUGAUGUUGACAAUAUUUUCUUAUUAAGUAUAUAUUAGAAUAUGAAUGAUUAAGAAAUGUUUUUACUUAAUUGUGUAAAUGCAACAGUUACACACCUUAGCAAAGAAAAUAAAACCAUAUAUUUAUGUUGCCAUACGAAAAUAUCUUUCAGCAUGGUUUUUGUUGGUGUGUGCCUGUAGAUCUAAAGCUAACGUGAACACGUGUUAGUUUAGAAAAAAAAGUUUAAUCGUACACAAACGUAAUCACAACAAACUUAUCCAUUACAUUUGAUUAUAAUACGUGAUGUGAAGUAAAGCUGUUGCAUUCCAGCUACUAUCCUUAUAGUUUAUUCAAUUCAUAUAAAAGAACAAAAGUAGUAAAUUAUGUAUGUACAUAAUAUAGAUAAUUAGGAGAUUGGUUACAACCAUCAGUGUCAAUAUCCAGGCGACAUUACCAAAACUGUAAUUUAUAAUUAUAGCUUUUUGAUAAGGUCGUCACGUGAUUUUAUUAACCUGAAAAAAUAUCAUCCGAGGACAAAGUCCGAGGUUGAUAUUUUCUUCAUUUUAAUAAAACCGUGAAUUAACUCUGAAAACAAAAGGCUAUAAUAGUUUUAUUAUAAUAGCAGUUUUAGACUGAUUUGUGAUCAUUUGUAAAUAUUUAAUCAUAUCAUUUAAAUACCACACACUUUAAGUAAAUCAAAGUAAACCAAUACAUUAAGAUGCUUUCAGUACACUAAUUCUUCGAUAAUUUGAUAUUCUAACAAUCAAAGUUAUUGAUUGUUAUGUUUCAACAGGAUAUUUGACACUGUUGGAAAUACCAAGGGGAAGUAAUUCAUAAUAAAUCUAUUUUAAGAAACAUCCAGUGAACGGCCGGUUGAUAUGAUAUGAUUAUUAUUGGAAUCAUACAUACAUACAUACAUUUGUUAUAUAUCAGGAGUCUCGUUAUCAUAAGUAUUAGCAAUUUUGUAAUAAUUUUAGAUACUUAUUAUUCUUGCCUAGAAAUAUGACAGGGUGUUUGUUUCGAAAAACAAUCUUGUUUUAUUCGAAAGGCAAUGCUCUUUAUGAGUUCAUGUGUACUUUUCUUGACGAUAUAUGUGUAUUUCGGUUGAUGUGGUGUCCACACUAACAAAAAGAACAGAAACAAAGCCUCACACAUUAACAAUAGAACGGUGGUUGAACAUAAAUCUAGUUCAGAUUGUUCUUACCUGUGUAUUUAUGUGUAACUACCUGAUAAAAAAAACUUCUGUCGUCAUAAAUGGGUUUGAGGUAGCUAAAGAUCAUAUCAUAAGACCAUAAUAAAGAUAUCAAUGCAUAGGUAAUGGCAUCCAUUACUUAUAUGAAUUCCAUCUGAUUGUCUUAGGGUUGAAUAGUGAUAAUGUAAUCCAUACAUGUUUUAAUAGCAAGAUUUCAUUCAUGUAGUAUAUUAUUCAGCAGAUUCAAAAUCUGUAGAAUGACAGUUUCAUUUGGAUUAACAAACCUAUUAAGAUAGAAGGGACAUAUGCCUGGGACAUAAUUACUAAUUAUGUCUCUUCUACCUAUGACGUAACAAGUACUUAUACGAUGUAUGACGUCAUAUAUUCCUUAGUUACUCUGUACUGAGGAGCAGCAAGGCUGCAAAGCGCUUUACAUUAUGUAACCAAAUUGUCCGCGUGUCAAUAAUAUUUUUGUAUAUAUAAAGUGUUUUCGUUUUUUUUUUGUUUUUUUUUUAAGUUAGUCCCCAUCGCGGAGGGAAGGUGGGCUAUAACUGGUGUGGCGAGGCGGAGUGUCAUCUAUCGAAUGUAGUUCAUUCUGUCCUAAGUUUUGAUAUUUGGCCAACUUAAAGCAUGUUUGUCCGGGCUUUAUCUCCUGUACUUAACACAUGGGGUAUGAGUUCACCUACGUAAGGCGUUUUAGAAUGUAACAAAAGAAGGUCACUCUGACCUACAUUUUUACCUUUGACUAGCAUAAAAGGAAUACUUUGGGUAUGGGUUCACCUGCGUGAGAGGUAUAAUUUAUCAUCUGUGCAUUCUUGGCAUCUAAUGUCACAUCCGGUGGGGACUGUAAUCCAACGAAUUGUAUUAUUUUACAUAAGAACGUCACUAUGACAUUUGUUUGAACUUUUGCCAAACUAAAAGGAAAAGUUCGGGCUGUACAACCUACAGUACUUGUCACUGGAACUUCAUAUUUUGGGUAUGGAUUCUACUCAUUUAUUACGAAUUGAGUAGUUGUGUAUUCUUUGCAUAUAAUUGCGCAUCUGGUGGGGUAUUGCAAUUCGUCAAAUUGUCUUGUUUUAUUUAACCUUCAGAAAAAAAAUCAAUAUUUUAAUUAAGUAUUAUAUUGAAAAGUAAAUAUGACAAAUCAGAUGUAGCAUUUAAGUUAAGAUGAAUUUGUAAUUUUUGAUUAAUUACAUUAAAACUGACGAUAGGAAAUAAUUUUUGUGAGUGUGGUUCCGCACAUAUUAAAUAAUCUGAACUGAUGUAAAAGAAUAUUAACAAGAAUAUUUCACAAAAGUGAACAUUUUGAUUAUAUAUGUAUAUUAGGUUCACUGUGUAAUAUUGAUAAAAAGAUGAAAACAUAAACAAGGUUUGAUAAAUACAAAAUUACAGCUCAGUUGAUUAGAAAAUCAUACAGCAUUCUAUAAAACCAAGAAAAUGGGCUAUCUUAAGUGUACCCGGUACUCGUCGGGCUAUCAAAUAUAAAACAUUGUAUCUAGUGACUUAUUGAGAGUUAUUGUAAUACCAUUGCUAGAAUUUGGCCAUGGUGACAUCAGUUAUAUCUCUACAAUGCAUAUCGAGACUUGUUUAUAUUACUGGUGACUGUCUUUAAAAAGCAACCUUUUACCAUUGGCAAAACAAUAACAUGGCAGUUUAAGAAAAUUAUUUUGGAAUUUUUAAGCAAAAUGUUUGAAUAAAUACGUUUUAUGAUA